AACAUUUUGUUAACGCUGACAAAUCUGGCAACCCGCAGCAUGUCUUCGAAAACUCCUCUGUUUCCAGACAUCCACAGUCCACAGAAAAGCGACAGCAGAACACCGACAUCCAAGUCUUUCCCUCGGUGUAUAAAGAAGAAUUCCGUCUGCCCUGUUGGAGAAAAACCACAGAAAAUCACUGAGACGGAAAUAGCACAAAUAAGGAAGCCUUUGCGUCAGAAUAUUUGCGUGGCGAUGCUUCGAGACGGCUUUCCCCACUCAUUUGCGGAGUUGUUUGCACUUCUGCAGCGCUGGGAUGAAGCGGACGACGAUCCGCUCACACUACAGACUCUACAGCUUCACCUCACCCGGGCUGAGGCGGCAGAGAGAGCUGGACAAUAUGGCGAGGCGUAUGAGAACCACUUGUUUCUGGCCAGGUUUUUCACUGAGGACAAAUGGAUGAAGCAUCAUUUCUUUCAGCUGGCACUCCGUUCAGCUCGCGAGGUCAUAAUGGACUCUGGCAAAAGAGAAGCUGAGGCCAGCUCACUUGUGGGACAAGUUUAUUUAGAGAAAGGUGAUCUUGAGCUUGCACACGAGCAUUUGGAGGUGUUUUAUCAGCUGACCACGGGCCGAUCUUGGCAGGACAGCAGUGGCCGGAUGCAGCACUCUCGCUCAUGUGAAGAGCUCCAGACGCUCUACACACUGAUGGCACAGAGAUCUCUGCAGGAUCAACAAUAUGAGCACGCCAUUAAGAUGUUCAGAAAGGCCUACGCUAUUGCUAAAGAGUCGGGAGAUCGAGCGCUGGAGGGAGAGGCCGCCUACAGACUGGGUCUAGCCUAUCAGAGCACAGGAGACCAGAAGAUUGCUAAAAAGUUUUUCAGCUCCUAUAUGGAGAUCUCCUUAACACUUGAAAACGCAGACAGUCUGGGAAGAGCACAUGAAGCCAUGGCCAAAUGUCUGGAGAGUGAAGGCAAAAUAACAGAGGCAAUUGAAUUAUUGGAGAGGUUUGCUGAGACUUGUCUAAACAGCAAACAGGACAAAAACCUGGAGAUAGCCUAUAUGAGCCUCGGAAACAUCCUCAGAUCUCAAAAGCGGUACGACGCAGCUUGUGUGUAUUAUGAGCGUGCGUACGAGCUUGCGUGUCUUGAGGGUUGUCCGAGGAGAGUGCAGAAAGCUCAGGUGUGUCUGGGCAGUGUUCGUGCGCUCAGCGGAUUACACGCAUAUAGCAGACUCAUACAAGACCAGAACUUGCACGCACUCAUCGCCUGGAAGGACAGGCGAGAGGACAGCUUCAGUCCGACAGCAGCAAGUAAGCCAGAUUCAACAGUUCAGUCCAACACUGUAGUUCCAUAAAUCGCACUCUGUACUUGAAAUGAAGAGUGGACUGAUGAAAUCUGAUGGCUAAAUAAAGGAUUGGGUUUGGUUUAAAGGGUUCAAAUUUUGUCCAUUUAACAAGAUGCAAAAUAAGUCUAUGUCCACGACUUUUCAUUCCACUUUAUGUCUACACAUAUAGCGGAAUUACAGUACAGCUCAACUUAAACUUAAAUUAUAUUGUCAACAAUAUCAUAAUCGCAAUAUAUACCAAAAAAUA